CCUCUGCGCGAUGGCACGUCUCCGACCAGUAUUCCACGAAUACAAGUGAACCUUAUCACGGCCAGCUGACUCUUUUGAACGAUGCGCUCAUCAAGAAAUUAACAUUCUAGAAACGUCCUUUACUUUACUAUACGCGACAAUGUCUUCCUUGUUAGAGCACAUCAAAAGAUCUCCAGUCGCUCAUCUUUUGAUGACAAUUACGUUUUUCACCUCUGCCAUCAUCUUGAACAUUCUACAGGGGAUUUUGUAUUACUUUCUCAGGCCAUUUUGGAAAUACGCAUACAGGAAGCUCAACUAUUAUCUCUGCUACUCUUUGUAUUCACAAUUAGUUUUUAUGGCCGAAUGGUGGUCUGGAAGCGACAUUGUUGUUUACACCGACAAGGAGGUGUUUAAAAAGUAUUUUGGCAAAGAACAUGCAUUUCUUAUACUCAAUCACACUUACGAUAUUGACUGGCUAAUCGGUUGGAUAUUCUGUGAUAGAGUCGGUGUCCUUGGGAACUGCAAAGCUUAUGCCAAAAAGAGCAUCCAGUAUGUUCCGACAAUGGGCUGGGCAUGGAAAUUCAGCGAGAGCGUUUUCUUAGAGAGGAAUUGGGAUAAAGACAAGGAUACAAUAGGCAGACAGGUCGCACAAUUAUGCCAAUAUCCCGAUCCCAUGUUUCUUCUACUUUUCGCCGAAGGCACACGUUUCACAGAGGACAAGCACAAAGCAAGUGUUGCUUUUGCAACUGAAAAAGGACUUCCUAUAUUGAAACAUCACCUCAACCCAAGAACAAAAGGUUUCACAUCCAGUCUACCUGAACUGAGAGGGAAAGUUCCCGCAAUUUACAAUAUACAGAUGUGUUUUGAUCCGACAGCACCCGUGAAACCAACAGUUAUGAAUUUACUACUUGGGAAGCCAGUCUUAGGGCACAUGUUCUUUGAAAGAAUUCCAGUGGAGGAAGUACCUGAAAAAGAAGAAGACGCUGCUCAAUGGUUGAGGGAUUUGUAUUGUAAAAAGGACAAAAUGAUGGAGAGUUUUCUUAAAACGGGAGACUACUUUAAAACCAGUGGAGUCCCACGAGUCGAAGCCAUCCGAUUAAAUAGAAGGCCAUUUUCAAUAAUAAACAUGUCUGUUUGGGCAGUUUUGACACUUAUACCAAUGGUAUAUUGCCUGACGUGUUUACUUACAUCUGGCUCUACUGUUUACGUGUCAAUCGGACUUAUUAUAAUUUCAGUCUUUUUCAUUUUACUCUAUCUUUUAAUAGAGCAAACAAAAAUAGAUAAAGGAUCCUCUUAUGGAAAGACGACUCCAACAACACCCACAAAGGAUCCUAAUGGAUCAAACCUUAAAUCAGAUUGAUGCGCUUCUUGUAAGUAUUAAUAUUUGAUAACAAAAGUAAAAAAAAAUAUAUAUGUAUAUUAUAUGUGACUUAAUUGUUGCAACUAUUCUUGGAAGAGACUUGUAAACAAAACAAAAAUUGAGAGAUUAUAGUACUUACUGUAAUUUAAAUUUUUAAAAUAAAUAUUUAUAGUGGUCAAGAGAGGGCUUGAAAAUCCCUCCUACACCAGUGGGAGAAUCAUGUAAAGCUUGCACAUUUAUGAUGUUGAUGUUGGGCCCUGUUUGAUGUCUCGUAAAUUCAGUGUUCAAUUUUUACUUAUGGGGAAAAUAGAUUUUAUGGUGUUUAUAUUUAUCGAAUGUGAGUCAUUUGUAAAAAAAACACAAAAGCAGAAAGGCAUGAAAUUAAUUUGGGCUUUGUUUAAUGUAAUUGAGCAUAAACUGUAUUUUAACGGUUAAGGUCAUACUAUACUUAGAACAUAUUUCUUUUAAUCGCAUUUUCUUUUCUAUUUCAAUCAUUAAAAGUAAUUUUUAAACUUUCAAUCAAUAUUGUAAUUAAUAACAGUUGAAUGAUUAUUAUGAGCCAAUAGGAGGGGGGAAAAUGCUAAAUAUGUUGCAUUUCUCAUCUUCAGACUUGAAAUCAUGAUUUUUCUAUCAUAUCUAGUCUCUGUCAAAAUUCUUAGAUAACUGUGCAAAUUUUAAUAACAAUCUUCAUACAUUACUUGUUACAUUUUUAUUUAAGGUUUUCUGACCACAAUCCUAAUCCUAAGUAACUAUUAAAAAGGCUGGUCGAUUGCAUUAUAAUGGAUUUUUACACAAAGGAAGGAAUUUGAUAAAUAAAAAACAGAUUACAACAAAAGGAAUUUUUUUAAUACAAAAAAUAUGAGAAAAACAAAAGAUUAUACAAAAAUAAUUAUUUAAAGGAUCUUAACUGUGUUUUCUUUAGAUCUCUUGUCUAAUUUUUUCUUAUUCAUUUUCAACACCACAAAAAACCCAAAAUCAAAAUCUCUCUCUUUAAAAAAAAAAAAUAAUAAUAAUAAUACUUUGUUAAAUAAUGUCUUUAACACCUUGUAAGGACCAGAAUAUUUUGCACACAACGAUGCUUGUGUAAGUUUUGUAUUUGUGUAGAAAAAGCCUAUUAUACAGGUGAAAACCCCAAAUAGAUUAUGUAUUUGAGAAAAACCAUGUAUUUUACACAAUGAUUUUAGCUGUUAAAAUGAGUUUUUAAAUGUAAUAAUGGAGGCAGACUGGCUGGUAAAUUAUAAAGUUUCUUUCUCGUUAAUGGUAUUAGAUCUUUAGAGUAGUUAAUCUUGUGGCAUUUAUUCAGUCUGUAUUAUCCUGUUUCACGUAAUUAAGUAUAUAAUAAAAGUGGCAGUCCUUUAAAGGAAGUAAAUUGAAAUAGACACCCUUUUUCUUCUAGGGUUGUGACUUCUUAACUUCCAUACCAUAUGCUGCACGCAUUUAUUUUUUAAAAGGGCGUUACAUUAAGUAUAUAAUUUUUAAUUAAACGACUUUGAUGUGAUAAAAUAUAUUCGAUAUUUGUAAUUUUUCAUAUUUGAUAACUUUUAACUUAGUAACGAGUAAAUCUUGUCCUUUGUUCAGUGAGUUGUCGAAAUUAAUUUUUCGUUAUGGUUUAUCAGAUCAAUUUUUUUCACAAUAUAUCUCAGAUAUAUAAAUAAAAUUAUCCACCAUCCAAUUUUUUCUUUAGCAUCUGUCAAUUUAUCUUAAAGUAAAUAAACACACAAAACAGAACUAGUAACUAGAAAAUUGGACAGGCAUUUUUUGAUCCCACUUAGUAUUCUACCUGGUCAUUAAUACAUACUUUUAUAAUAUGUUUCACAUUUGAUAAUUGUUUUUAUAUAAUAUUACUAAACAAAAAAGGUAUACUUUAGCAGAAAAACGGAAUUUUACAACGAGUAUGUUCAUAUUUACUUAACCCUCCAUGUUCAAGAAUCUUUUGUUACAUGUUUUCCUUGUAGGUUUAAAAAAAUGCAUUUAUAAGAUCUCCCUCUCUAAGCUAUUAUGACAUGAGAAGUCAUAAACAAUUUGUAUGUGCAAGCUGCAUUCAAACAGGGUCCAAAUAAGUAAGUAGUAGUCCUGUAUUAAAAUAUUUUAUUAAACAUUGUUUUUUGAAAACCAAGGGAAAAAAACGAUAUGCUUAUGUAAUAAAAAAUAAAAAAACAAAUGUAAUUUUAUAAUUGUUAUAUGUAAAAAGUUGGUUUUAUUUUGUUAAUUUAGUUCUUCCAUUUAAAUUUCUUGAGUUUGCGCACAAUGUGGGUUACCUUCCUUUUAUUAACUUCCAAAAUGGUUGUUGAUAAUACCAGCUUUUUAAAAAUAUUUUUUGAAUAAUAAUAAGUGAUACCUAUGUAAAAAGAAAAACUAACAUUUUACAAAUAAAAAUGUUUGUAGUGAUAUAAUAUUAAUUUGAUGUAAGAGAUGUAGUUUUAAUUUGAUUGGAAUUUUAUUGAAAUUUUAUUGAUUUUCCCUGACAAAUGUUUAGUUUGAAUUUAAUAACAUGAAAGAAAGAAAAAAGGAAAAGCUGUUUUUUAUUUUUGUUUUGAAAAUAAAAUAUGUUUAAAAUGUUAGAAAUCAUUUAUUUCAAUUCAGAUAAAACACCAUUUAAAAAAUGGUGUGUAGUUCGUUGUUGGACAACAAAAUCAAGUAAAUGCUGCAUCGUUCUUCUUACGCUAAGUAUGUAACAGCGUCAGUUCCAGGACAAUAUGGCAGAAGAUAUUUUGACGAUGUUAGAUCUUGUGCUCAACCAAAGUAGAAAAGCGUCAAUAAAAUAAAAGGAAGGAAAAAUGUAGUGAAAGCAAUGGGAAGUACAAGCAUAAAAGCACGAAUCUUGAUUGAUUCGUAUGCUCACUGUCAUGAAUCAAAUAAACACAUGUAACACCUGUU